UUCUUCGCGGCGCCGCGGACUCGCCAGUGCGCGCUAUUCUCUGCUCGAGGCAAGACGUGCUCUCCGACUGAGCGGAGCCGAACCGGGCCGAGCCGAACCGAGGUCAGCCGUGACCAGCAGGCCCUCAGCAUCCAGGGCAUCAUUCGCUCCGUGCGCGCAUCGAGUGCCUACACCGCAACCCCGAGCCUCGCUCCUGGGUACCCUGUGCGGAUCGCUCCAGCAGCAAAGCCGCCAUGCCUAUCACUCGGAUGCGAAUGAGACCCUGGUUGGAGAUGCAGAUUAAUUCCAACCAAAUUCCAGGUCUGACCUGGAUUAAUAAAGAAGAGAUGAUCUUCCAGAUUCCAUGGAAACAUGCUGCCAAGCACGGCUGGGACAUCAACAAGGAUGCCUGUCUGUUCCGGAGCUGGGCCAUUCACACAGGCCGAUACAAAGCAGGGGAAAAGGAGCCAGAUCCCAAGACGUGGAAGGCGAACUUCCGUUGUGCCAUGAACUCCCUGCCAGACAUCGAGGAAGUGAAGGACCAGAGCCGGAACAAGGGCAGCUCUGCUGUGCGGGUGUACCGCAUGCUGCCACCCCUCACCAAGAACCAGAGGAAAGAGAGAAAGUCCAAGUCCAGUCGAGACACUAAGAGCAAGACCAAGAGAAAGCUGUGUGGAGAUGCUAGCCCUGACACCUUCUCCGAUGGCCUCAGCAGCUCCACUCUGCCUGAUGACCACAACAGUUACACCACUCAAGGCUACUUGGGUCAGGAGUUGGACGUAGACCGGGACCUUAAUCCAGCGCUGUCACCAUGUGUCGUCAGCAGCAGUCUCCCCGACUGGCAUAAUAUACAGAUGGACAUUGUACCAGACAGUACCAGUGAUCUGUAUAACUUGCAGGUGUCACCCAUGCCCUCCACCUCCGAAGCUGCAACAGAUGAGGAUGAGGAAGGGAAGCUGCCAGAGGACAUCAUGAAGCUCUUUGAGCAGUCCGAGUGGCAGCCGACAAACGUGGAUGGCAAAGGAUACCUGCUGAACGAGCCAGGAGCCCAGCCCUCUUCUGUGUAUGGAGACUUUAGCUGCAAGGAGGAACCAGAGAUAGACAGCCCUGGAGGGGACAUUGGAAUGGGCAUACAGUGUGUCUUCACGGAUCUGAAGAGUAUGGACGCCCUCUGGAUGGACAACACGCUGCCCCCCACCGUCAGGCUGCCCCCAAUUCAGGCCAUUCCUUGCGCACCAUAGUUUGGGUCCCUGACCCAUUCUUGCCCUCCUGAGUGAGCAAGGCCUGGGACCGUGGUAGCUGUGAUGCAGAAAAGCGAGACUGCUGUGGGCCCCUCGACAUGGCAAGGCAUAACCCCACUGCUUAAGCAGGGAAGGGACCCCACCCUCUUUGAGUCAGGGAACUCUCAGAGCUUGGAAUGCCAGGGUCUGAGUCUUUCUUGGGAGGUGAAGCUGGUCCUGACUCCCAGGAAGAUGGACUGGGGUUCUGAGGCAGAGGACAUGGAGGGGAGUUGUUUUUUUUGCCUGGAGAGAGUCUCCGUCACUGGGCUGGCCCUGAGGGGAACCAGAUCGGUGACCUCAGAAGAGCUUAGCACUGACCCCAGGGCUGGCUGUGCCCUAGGAGACAAUUGCACUAAGUGAGUCCUGUUCCCAAAGAACUGCUGCCCUUCCCAGCCGAGCCCUGGGAUGGUUCCAAAGCCAGUGAAAUGUGAAGGAAAAAAUGGGGUCCUGUGAGGCUGGGCUCCUUUAGCUCCAGAGGAGUUCUGCCUCGCUACCUGCUCCAGCUGUGGGGGCUCAGGAAAAAAAAAACAAACAUGGCACUUUCUCUGUGGGCCUUACCACAUUUCUGAUCAGAGGUGUACACUAACAUUUCUCCCUAAGUCUUGACCUUCGCAUUUAUUUAUAUAGUGCCUUCUGGUGCCUGCUGUCUCCUCAGGCCUUGGCAGCCCUCAGCAGGCCCAGGAAGGGGGUUGUGAGCUCCUUGGCGUGACUUUGAAUAUUGGAGACGCCACCUAACUACUAAAUUGUGUUUGAUCACAUAUGGAUCUGUGUAAAUAUGUAUAUUUUUCUUUUUAUAAAAAGUUAAUUGUUUA